GUUUACAGUUUCAGGUUGUAACAGUUGUUUUCUUAGUGCCCAUAUGUUGUAGGUGGCAUGCUGUACUAAUCAAUGUAUCUCUGGGACGCCUCUUAGAUUAAGUUAGAAUAUGGCGUCAGAUGUACCAACUGGUACUUUGAUUUCCUUUGAUGAUGAUGAUAGUCUAAAUAAACCAUCAAUAAACGAACCAAAAGAUGUCAAAGAGAAACCAAAAGAAGAUGACAUAUCAACGAAAGAAAGUUCAAAAUCUAAGCUUUGUGGUUAUCUUGAUAAACUUGGAGCCAAAGGAUUAAUACGUGCAUUUAAAACAAGAUGGUUUAUUUAUGAGCCGAGGCGAUGUCAACUGUAUUAUUAUAGAACACCGCAAGAUCUUGCACCUCUAGGAUCCAUUGACAUCGCAAAUGCUACGUUUACCUUUGAUCUCAACAAUACAGAAAAAAUGGGGCAGUUUAACAUCGUAACAAAAAAUCGUGUUUAUCAGCUACAAGCUAAAGACAAUGCUACCAUGAUGUACUGGUUACAAGAAUUACAAGAAAGGCGUCGAGAUUAUAGUCGAAUAAGAACAUGUCAGUCCAGAGAUAGUAAUGUCGCUUCUGUUUCU